AUGUUGUCAAUAACUAGUUGCGUAUUUCUGUUUCUCGUAAUUGGGCUUGGAUGUGGUGAGACAACCGAGAGAAAGGCUGCCAUCGACGGUGAAAUAGAUUGGUCCAGCAUACGGCCGAUCGAAGACUUCAAUCAUUACUGGACGCGAUUGCCGGUGGAGUUGCAACAGUAUCGUCACAAUAUCGGCCGCAAAGCCGUCACGAAUGGCUUCGUGGCAGUACCAGGCCAGUUCCCUUACUACGCGUUACUACUUCCGGAGUUCACCAUCGGAACGACCCUUUGUGGUGGUACUAUCCUCACUAAUAACUACAUUCUGACAGCGGCACACUGUGUGGCGCUUUCAUCGUCAGUUCUGGCCACCGGAGGAACGGCUAUCUUAGGUGCUUACGAUCGUAGCAUCGCUGAACCAGAGCAGCAAAGGAUUCGUUUCGAUACUUCCGGCAUAACGGUUCAUCCCGGGUUUACGUCCUUAACGCUGCGCAACGACAUAGCCACGGUACUACUCAACACACCCAUCAGCUACAGCGCUCGCAUACAACCGGUGCGAUUGCCUACGCUCACCGAUACGCGCACAUUCGCCGGUAUGUUGGGCACGGUAUCUGGAUUCGGGCGUACCUCAGAUACGGGCCCCACCUCGAACUUUUUACGUUACGCCUCGAACUCGAUCCUAACGAACGGUGACUGUUCGAGCUUUUGGCCUACACCUUUCCUGUCGCCCGAGAAUGUCUGCAUGAGUGGAGCAAACGGACGGUCGCCCUGUUUCGGAGAUUCCGGUGGUCCACUGACGGUGAGCACGGUGCUAGGACCGCUUCAGGUGGGCAUCGUAUCGUUUGGUGAUUCGGCCGGAUGUAGCAUCGGUAUACCGUCGGUGUACGCACGUACCACUUACUUUUUGCAGUGGAUACUGGACAAUUCCAACUAUUAGCGAAUGCACAAUCUGG